UCUACGCUCUUUUCUCGCUGAGCACGUGUGACGACUGGUAAUGUACGCUAAAACAAGGGCGUAAAAAAAUAUAUAACACAAUGUCGGAAACUUCAGAAGACGAACAAGCGCAAUUGCAAACAAGUGAAGAAGAGCUAAGCGAUGAGGAGGGCCAGGAAGAAAAUGCCGAAGACGUGGAUGAAGAUAACGUAGAUGACCAGUCAGCAACUAGUUCUGACGAAGAAGAGACACCCAAGGCGGAACAGCCACUGACAUGGAAAGAUCUUGGCCUCAGUGAGACGCUGUGCAAGGCGUGCGAUGAGCUCAAGUGGAAAGCCCCCUCCAAAAUCCAAAAGGAGGCAAUUCCCGUUGCGCUGCAGGGCAAAGAUGUCAUCGGCCUGGCCGAAACGGGUUCUGGCAAAACGGGCGCAUUUGCUCUACCCAUUUUGCAUGCCCUGCUCGAAAAUCCGCAGCGCUAUUUUGCACUCGUGCUGACGCCCACACGUGAACUGGCCUUCCAAAUAGGCGAACAGUUCGAGGCAUUGGGCAGUGGGAUUGGCAUCAAGUGCUGUGUCAUUGUGGGCGGCAUGGAUAUGGUUGCCCAGGGUCUGCAGCUGGCCAAGAAACCGCAUAUUAUUAUUGCCACGCCCGGCCGUCUGGUGGAUCAUUUGGAGAACCUCAAAGGUUUCAAUCUAAAGGCCAUCAAAUAUUUGGUCAUGGAUGAGGCGGAUCGCAUACUCAACAUGGAUUUCGAGGUGGAGCUAGACAAGAUCUUGAAGGUGCUACCACGUGAGCGUCGCACCUUUCUCUUUAGCGCCACAAUGACGAAGAAGGUCAAGAAGCUGCAGCGUGCUUCACUCAAAGAUCCCGUCAAGGUGGAGGUUUCGAACAAGUAUCAAACAGUCGACCAACUGCAGCAGUAUUAUCUGUUCAUACCGGUCAAAUACAAGGAUGUCUAUCUGGUGCACAUUCUAAAUGAACUGGCCGGCAACAGCUUCAUGAUUUUCUGUAGCACCUGCAACAACACAGUGAAGACCGCUCUAAUGUUGCGUGCCCUGGGAUUAGCUGCCAUUCCGUUGCAUGGCCAAAUGUCGCAGAAUAAACGUCUGGCGGCUCUCAACAAAUUCAAGGCGAAGAAUCGUUCCAUACUGAUAUCAACGGAUGUUGCCUCGCGUGGAUUAGACAUACCCCAUGUGGAUGUGGUGGUCAACUUUGAUAUACCCACCCAUAGCAAGGAUUAUAUUCAUCGUGUGGGUCGCACGGCGCGUGCUGGACGUUCCGGUCAGGCCAUCACCAUUGUUAGUCAGUACGACAUUGAGCUGUAUCAGCGCAUCGAGCAGCUGCUGGGCAAGCAGUUGCCGCUCUACAAGUGCGAGGAGGAUGAGGUGAUGGCGCUGCAGGAGCGUGUCGCCGAGGCGCAACGCACUGCCAAAUUGGAGUUCAAGGAUCUGGAAGAUAGCAAGGGUUACAAAGGUGGCAGAGGUAAUAAGCGUACUGCCGCCAGCGAUAAUCAGGAUGAUUCCGAACAAUUUACAGGCGCACGAAAACGCAUGAAACCGAUGGGUGGAAGGGGGGGUGGCAAAGGUGCGGGGGGACGUGGCCUAGGUAGAGGUGGUGCGGCUAAAAAGAAUUGGGGCCGGGGCAAAAAUAAAAAUUAGCCAUAUAAGAUUAUAGUUAAGUCAUUUUAUAAAUUGUAAUUAUAUAUAUAAAAAAUAAAAAUUAGGUUAAACUAAAAAAA